UGGCACACUCUGUAGUGCGGAAGCGUGCGGUUUGGGACAGACCCAGGACCGUAGUCUUCCGGUUGGAGAAAAGCAGGCGGGUGUGUGUGUGUAAGUGUGUGUGUCUCUCUCUCUCUCUCUCUCUCUCUCUCUCGCUGUGUUUUGCGAAAUUAAGAAGGCCAGGCAGGGGGAAGAAGACACCCGGCCGUGCCAGAGAUGGCUCGCUUCGGUAACAAGCUGAACUCCUACUCCAUUGCUCAGCUGAUGGAGCUACUCGAAGAUGACGGAAAACUCAACAAAAUAGUGCAGGACCUGGAAGAGGUGCAGGAGGUGCAGCAAAAUAAGGAAAUGAUUCUGGCCAGCAACCGGAGCCUGGCUGAGCAGAACCUUGUGCUGCAGCCCAGAUUAGAUCAUCAGAAGAACCAGCUCACAAAGCGAUACUGCUGCCUACAGGAACAAUUCGAGACCUUCCAGCUUCGCAAGUCCACACUAGACCAAAAGUCUGGUGACACAUCUUUGGACACAUUGCUUGCAUUGUUGCAGGCAGAAGGAGCCAAAAUUGAGGAAGAAACAGAGAACAUGGCUGACUCUUUCCUUGAUGGUGCUGUACCCCUGGAUGGUUUUAUUGACCAGUACCAGAGCAAGCGUAAACUGGCUCACCUGCGGAGGGUGAAGAUCGAGAAGCUGCAGGAACUGGUGCUGAAAUCGCCAGCCGUUGUCCAGGUCCCUCGUCAAACUGAACCAGUCUCCACACCUGCUCCCCUCCAAAGAGAGCCUGACGAUGCCCCAGUCCCACAGCCCAGACGAGCCCCUCCGCUUCCCCCCAUCAAAAAUAUCAGUGCUCCGUCUCAGCCAGCUCCAGUGCUGGCGUACCCUGCUGCCCCCUACCCACCAAUCCCACCCCGAGUGAACCAACCCCAGGCCGGGUACCCUUCUCUCUGCAUGCCACAGUACCCCCCACCAGUGCCAGAGAGAUCUGCCCCUCGGAUGGCUCCUCAACCGGGCUUCAUCUUACAGUGAUUUUCCGACUCUUUCGUCCACUUGGGAAGGAACAAUCUAUGCACUGGAUGUCCAGCUGUGCCUUGCUGAAGGGCCUCCUGCCUUAGAACAUCAUGCACAGACAUGCUGGAUGUCUGUUUAAAUGGGGGUUGUCUAGACAUUUCUGCAGUUUAAAAAAAGUAGUGUCUGCAAUGGUACCUUAUUUGUUUUAAUUCGCACUUUAGACUUUUGUUCUUCUGGCAUUGGGAUCUAAUACAAGAUGUCUGGCUACCUUGCAUCUUACUCCUGACUUUGUGCUUCCCUUGGUUCUGUUAGUUGUAAAUUCCUGUCGUCAACUCCAGGGUGUCCAAGAGUCCAUUGGAAAUCAGAUGGUCUAAGAUGCAAGCUCAUAUGGUUGAGCUUUGUGUUUCCUUUUGUGUAUCUUGGCAAUUUUAUCUGACCUCUCACCUUGAAACAUUUCAUAUCUGGGGGAAAAAAAAAAAAAAAAAAAGAUUCAUCACUGAUUAUGGUGGUGAUGAUAAAACCUAUGCAAACAGAGGGUGAACUGUGUAGUGUGAAUAUCAGAAGAAAAACCAUUUUUCCUUUUACAUCUGAGGUUAUAUGCACCAACAUGUAGCCAAAGAUGUGUUCGACUUACCAGAUGACUGAAGCUGAAAGCAGAUUUUCAGUUUCAGAUUUCCAGGAAGCUUCUAGGUAGAUUCUAAGUAAUGAUUACGAUUAUUACGGUCAUGGUGAUGAUAAUCCUAGUCAAGGACUGAUAAAUGUUGGAGACAUAGCCCUCUACUGGCAGAUCCUGAAUGACUGACUGUGUCAUUCAGAUCAAGGUUACUUUGGCCAAACAAGUUUGCAUGGCUGAAUGGACACCAACAAGUGGCAAAUUUUUUUUUUUUUUUUUUUUUUGACCAAACCAACUCAUUAAACCGCAGUCCAAAUGUGAGUGAGGAAGAACAGAACUAAGCAGAUCCAUAGUGAUGAGACACACCAGCACUCUGUUAAAUAAAUAAAUAAAUGAAGCAUUGAACAGGUACAGUACAAAUUUGGUGAAUUAUGGUGCAUGAGUGAAUACUGGGAUGAACCACAGUCACGGUGAGAGAUGUGAGUUUCUUGCACUGUCUGUUAUUGUGUACUAACACUGAAACACUAACACGUCCACAUGUUCAUUAUUUACCUGUUAAUUAUUUGUAGAAUACAUAUUAAUGUGUAAACUUUUGAUUUCUGCUUAUUUGAAUAAUGAUUACAUUUAGGACAAUUUAAAUAUUAGUAAAUAGCAAAAAACUCACAAAUUGAUUUGUAAGACAUUUUAAAAUUACUAUUUAAAAAAAAAGUUUUUGUUUUCUUGAGUGUUAAUAAGGAUAUCACACACAAUGUGUUUGGAAAUGACUGCUAAAAAACAUCCACCGAUUUCUAAACGUUUACACCCCCAUUCUAAAAUACUGCUGAACCAUUUCUUAACCAAUUUCUUUACAUCUCGAGAGGAUUAGCAGAAAAGCGUGUCAUCAGCACAGAUCGUGUCAUUGCUGUGAACCAGAAUUGUGCUUUAAUAAUAAAAAUUAAAAAGCUGCUCCUGCAGGUAUUUUUGUUUGUACAUGCGUGCAACAUUUUCUAAUCAAUUCAAAUAAAUUUGGCUCUAGUUCCCAAAAUAGAAGCAGAUUAGUAAUGUAAACAGCACUGAACCUGGACAAAGCACUUACUGAAGAUGAAUAAAUGCGGUUAAUAUGUUCCACGACACCGAACUAAUAAUUGCCCAAUAUGUUCCUAUGUUAAUGGAUAUUUACCCAUUAAGUGUCAUUUCUUACCACCUCAUUAAGAACCAUCCGUUCCUGCAAUUUUCCCAACGCACACCUCUACUGUGAAAUUGGAUAACUUAAAGUAGCCUUGCUACUGCAAGUUAUAUAAUUGGACACCACUGUGUUCUGUUCAGACCUGUAAUCCGUAACUCAUGAUCUAUGAGUGUCGUAUUUGCUCCCGCAUGCCAUCACGUGUAUUCUUACAAGUGUCCUUAUAUGCUGAGAUGAUCAUACUCGAUGCUGCACGGUUUUGGUCAUGUCUUCAUUCACGCAGCUUGGGGUUGAACUCGUAUCUAAGCCACAGGCUCCUAACCCUGGUCCUGUUGGCACAUGUCAAUCACUUCAACUUGGGAAGGGCUGUUCAUUGGCUCAUGAGACUUCAAGACCAGGCUUGGGAACCUAUGGUAGGUAUAUGCAAUACUAUGCUGAAACUUCCUAAUGUGAAUCCAGAUCAAAGGCCCUCUUUAUGGUCUAAUAGCUGUGGUUCUAUAGACCUGACCCUAGCUCAGAUGUCUUGCCCUAAGACACAGGAACCUGUGAUAGAACCUAAGAUGCCAGUUAAAUGCAUGCAGGAAUUAAAGUGCCUGGUGCUCUUAAAUGUUAAACAUGUUAAACAGCACACUGUUUCAUACGUGCACAGACAGGAGAGAACAGCUCAGAUUUCAUUUGUGAGCAUGUGCCAUUCUGUUUCUCCAGAGCACCCUGGUUCAGGUUUUUAUAUCCGCACUUAUCGCACUGUUACUCAGUACACAUCAUGCUUGGAAAGGAUUGAUCAGUGGUCUUAAUCGCUAUGAAACGCUGACAUAGCUGCCUAGCAGAGGCUUGUCAGCAAUCUUUAAAGAGCCAGCAUGUGAGUUUGUGUAUUUUUGUACAUGGUUAUUUUUGGUUGAUGUCUCCAUGUAGAUCUAACAUGGCUGCUUGACCACAGCCACACUCCUAAUGUAAAAUAUACUGAUCAUUUAUUGUAUUAGAUUGUUGUAUUGUUUGUUUUUGGGGAAAUAUGUAAAAGUUGUCGGACUUACCCAUGUCUGUUUUAAGGAUAAUAAAAGAAUAUGGUAAAAGAUUGGUAUUGGA